AUGUCAAAUUAAGACAUCAAUGAUCUUCCAGCCCUCAAAGUCAAUGUCCCCUCUUUCUUGAUGAAAACAUAUGAAAUUCUUGAAGUAUACCUUUUUAGCUACUAUUUCUUAUUCAGAACCCGUCUUUAUCCCAUAUCAUUACUUGGAAUCAAGAUGGCAAUGCAUUUAUAGUCCUGAAUUCCCAUGAGCUAUCAUCCAAGGUUCUUGCCAACUAUUUCAAGCAUAAAAACUACCCCAGCUUUCUGAGGUUAUCUUCUAUUUCAUAAUAGAUAACUCAAUAUGUACAGUUUUAAGAAAACCAAAAAUCAUUACGGACAAAGUGAGUUUAGGCAUCAAUGGUUUAGAAGAGGACUUAAGUAAAAUAAUUCUCUAACUUCCUUAGAAGCAUGCUUCAAUACAUUCGAAGAAGAAAUUAAGAUGAUUCUGAGAAUAAAAUCGAGAUAAAAAACACAAAUAUUCAAAAAAUUGACAAUUACAAGCAAGAGCACGAUGAGAUGAAAAAGAUUGUCCGAGAAAUUCAAACAACUUAAUUUUAAAUGGAAGUUGAUUUCUCAGCUUCCAUGGAAUAAAAUGUUUAAGCCACUCGUUCUAGUCAAACCAUUUUGUAGGUUUGAUCUUCAUUUUCAUCAUAGGGUUUAAAUCAAAUGUAGUAGUAAUUCAAUAGAAAAUUUGAUAGUCUUUCCCUACUCUUGGCUAAGAUCGUUUCAUACAUCCCCAAUUUAAGUAACAUCCUCCAACAUCUAUUAAGCAUACCAAAUGGGAGACCUUUUCAAAUACUCCUGCGAAGAACCCUCUCCGAGUAGAUUAGAACAUAGCUAUAUCGUUCCAUAUAAUGAGAACAAUACCCAGUACAGCAAUAUAGGUUCUCCUUAUCAUUAGUACUCUUGCAAUAGCCCAAUUCAUCUUCUUUUGUCUAGAUAAAAUUAAUGUAAUGUUCAAAAAUAAAUUCUAGAAUUUUAAGAUUAUUGCUUUUAAUUUGAUCCAAACCUAUUUUAAUUCAAUAGAUCAACCCAACAAUAACAAUAGUUAGCCUUGCCUGCUCCAGCCAUAAAUUCCUAUUUACGUAUUCAUAAAUUCUAUAUCCAUUCAAGCAAGCAACAAUUACUCCUUACAAUCAAGUUCAUAAAACUCACCUUACAGACUUGCAAGCCCUAUUCAUUCUUCCUCAACAGAUUCUAAAAACCCCGAAAGAGUAUAUCAUUUAUUUAAGAAAACAUUAGUUUAAUUUUUACUAAUAAGCAUGAGUUAUAAGAUGUAUUAAUAUAUAA